UGUAGGCAAAUUAAUACCUAGUGAUUUUGAAUUAUUAGAGACUUUUUUAUUAUUUAACGAAUAUGCCUAACGGCCAUAUUAUUGACACUCCGAAUUUGCCGGAAUAAGAAUAUUUACGGAAUAGAGGAGAAUUAGUUGGAAUAAGUGUAUUAUUGACGCAUAGAAUAAAACGGAAUAAGGUGUAAUAAGAAAGUCAGAAUUGUUAUUCCGGGGAAUAACUAAGCGGGCAGAAUCGAGCGAAUAAGGCAGUUAUUCCAUGUUAUUCGUUCAAAAUUCAUUAUUGACUUACAUCUGCUUUAGAAAUACAUACAGGUGAUAUAAUGGCGCGCCCAUCUCGAACCAAUGUGCUGAUCGGAAUUGACCGUGCUCAACGCAUUUACGACGAAGACCAUAACAAUAGACGACCAUACAUAAUGCUAGAACGAAGAAAAAUGCACUCGUGGGACGAUUUUGACUUUUUUUCUCGAUUCCGUAUGACAAAGGCAAGAUUUGUACACGUGCUACACUUGAUUGUGCCUUACAUGCCAGAGGUACAUCAAAGACAACGCUAUAUCUCACACGAAGUGCAGCUACUAUGCACAUUGCGUUUCUUGGCUGCUGGUAGCAUGCAGUCUAUCGUUGGUGAUAUUAUAGGAGUUUCCCAACCUACGAUUAGCAACUUGUUGCCAAAAGUGUGCAAAGCAGUUCUCGGACUACUGCCUGACAUAGUUGGAAUGCCGCGGACACAGGAGGAACUAAAAACGGCGGCUGCCCUUUUCUACAUGUUUGGAAAUUUGCCAAGAGUCAUUGGAGCCAUUGACUGUACACACAUAAAAAUUCAGUCACCGGGAGGCCCAAACGCGGAAAUAUUCCGAAACAGGAAGGGAUAUUUUUCUUUGAAUGUACAAACCGUUGCAGCAGCUAAUCUCAAAAUCAUGAACAUUGUUACACGAUGGCAGGGUUCGGCACACGACUCGACUAUAUUUCGGUCGAGUGCACUAUGGCAGCAAUUCGAAGCGGGCGAAUUUCGCCACUACAUUUUAGUCGGUGAUCCCGGCUAUGCCAAUUCUCCCUUCCUGGCAACGCCAUUCGCAGAAAAUAGUUCUGAGCUUCGCGCUGGAUUACAACACGUACAGGAAUAUCAGCGGGCAAUUAUCGCCACCAGGAAUUGCGUGGAACGCUCAUAUGGAGUGCUGAAGCGACGCUUUCCAGCAUUGGCCUAUGGUUUGCGUGUCAAAACAUCGACUGCACAAAUGCUUGUUGCGACCGCUGCAGUACUCCACAACAUCUGUUUUGAUGAGAAUGAGCAAUUACCCAACACACCACCUGGCUUCACGAGCAACGAAAUAGAGAUCAACAGUGGUGCGACAGAAGAUACUCCAAAUAGUAACUAUGGCAGGAAUGUACGCAACGAACUCCUCGAUAUGUUUCGUCGCCAAGUGAACACACACACCAAUCACUUGCCUUGAUUAGAAAAGGGAGGAUAAUUUCAUUUAAUUCAUUUAGUUUUUGCAA